UGUUCGAAAUACAAGGACAUCUAACGUACGGUUUCAUAAAUGGCUGUAGUCAAAAGUUUGAAGAAUUUUGGAAUUGGAGCUUUCAACACCCGGCGUCUUAUUUUUAAAGCGGUAUUCUCAAAUAAUAGACAGCUUGUCACGAUGUCUGAAUUACUGAAUAAAGUACCUGAUGUGGAUAUCGAUGGUCAUGGAAAAUUUAAAUACAUCUUGAUCAGCGUUUAUGACGAACGUGCAAAUGCCACCAAAUCCAUCGUCAGAGGUUAUGCUAGAGCUCAGUGGCAUUCCGACAUUUUUAACGAGGUUGCCGAACAAGUGGAUUCGAUUCGUUAUUUGCACUCCAAGUGCCACGGGGGUGGAAGAAUCGAGCACGACCCGGACGAGAAGACCAUCAAAGUCUACGGAUACUCCCAAGAAAAAUUUGGAGCGCCGAUGAUCAUUCGCCAGGUUCCUGAUUUUAAACAGCCGUCAUUGUAGACUAAUUAUUCCACUUUCAAGACUGGGAUGGAUUAGGUGCGCGAUGAGAUCAGCGAAAUUCGCAUAAAACCUUAUCACAUCGCAACCACGAUAUUCGAUGGGUUGAACGAGGUUUAUUGGGAGGGGCUGUGGACUUUGGAAAAAUGGCUUUGCCGAAUCUGGUCGGUGAGACCUCGUGGGGAAGCAAUUUUAACGCUGCCUGGGGGUACCGUGUCUUUUUUUCUUUAUUCCACGAAUCAGAGUGGAGUGUACUUUGGAAACAGAUCGUUUCACGUCGUCCCUGCGUUUCGUGGAUUAAAGCACUGUACGGAAUUCGUAAACCGGGAAGAU